AUGGACGGACGCAUAAAGUUAUGUGACUUUGGUUUGGCUAAAGAGGUCCUAAAUUGUGAUCCGUUUCUUAUGUCUAAAACUAAACACACGGCAGAUGUGGGAACUGUAGACUAUAUGGCACCGGAAGCCCAGGCUAAGGAUUACAAUCAUUUGAUAGAUAUCUACAGUCUAUCUAUAAUUGGGGCUCAAAUAUUUAGCUUCGAUACAUACGAUUUAAUUGACGGAAAUUUAACUUAG